UAGAUUGCAAUAGACAACCGUUUUUUGAAAAAGAUACGGCAGGUAUGCUUAAAGAUCCGCCUCCCUGGGACCUGGAAGCGGAGGCGCUCGCUGCAGACUACGCGUGGCGAUGCGAUCUGCGCUCCAGGGGGGAGCCGCGUCCCGGCGCGGCGGAAGUUCGAGCGCGGAAGCUUCAGUCUCGGCGUGCCGUGCUCGAGGCGUGGUCUCGCUGCCUGGCGGACCCCGCCUACGGGCGACGGACCGUCGAUCGCCUUGUCGUCGGAUCCGCCCGGUCCUCUUGGACUGGGUGAAUCGCGACCGAGGACGUCUCACCUUCCGAGCGGCGCAGGUGCUCACGGGACACGGCUGUUUCGGUCGCUACCUGCACCUCGUCGCCCGGAGGGAGCCGACGCCGAAGUGCCACCACUGCAGUGGCUGCAACGAAGACACGGCGGAGCACACGCUCGCGUACUGCACCGCUUUCGCGGAGCAGCGCCGCUUCCUCGUUGCAAAAAUAGGACCGGACUUGUCGCUUCCGACCGUCGUGGCUACGAUGCUCGGCAGCGACGAGUCCUGGCAGGCGAUGCUCGACUUUUGCGAGUCCACCAUCUCGCAGAAGGAGGCGGCGGAACGGGAGAGGGAGAGCUCUUCUUCCCUCUCGGCGCAGUGCCGCCGCCGUCAGCCGGGGGUCGGAGGAGGGCGUUUGUCCAGCUCCAGCCCCUAUGAGGAGGCAGUCUACUCCCGGUGAUGGUCAUGGGGCGACCUAAGGGGGUUGAGGCUGCGCCGCACGCUACCGUCACUCUAGCGCGCUGGCACCAGGAGGACGGGAUGGCGCGUCGGUAGCUGCGGACUGCGAUGCGGUCCGCAUUUUCGUCGUCGCUGUCGUCGCCGAACAUACUGUUGAAGAGCAACCCGGUCGGCGGUGUAUAAAUAAAUAAAUAAAUUAUAAAUAAAUAUUUAAUAACAAUCACGCCACGUUAACUGGUCCCGUGCUAAGUUCGUAAAGAACUUGUGUUACAGGAAUUUGUGUGUUGUGUUGUGCGUUCCGACCCGGCAGGCUGGUUCUGGCCCAGCGGGGUUUUUGGCAUAAGAAUAAUAUAAAUUUAUCAAAAUAAACCGUAUUGUAUCUGGUAUUACCUUCAUCCCUUCUUGCUAACUCCUUAAUUCGUAAAGUAACUGCUUGUGUUAGGGGUCUUUCUAUUCUCCUCCUCGCGUUGUUUCCUCACUGCUGAGGGUCGUGACCAACAUGUUUCUACAGCAUUUUAUUCCUUGUAAUGUCCCUCCAGCGCCUCCGAAUGGGAUCUCUAGUGUGGUGCGUAUUUGAUCGAACCACUUUGUCGGCCUGCGCCCGCGCGGUCUCUUCCCCUCGACCGUCCCUGUCACGAAUAGUCUCUCUAUCAGAUGUUUUCGGAGUUUUGACAUUUCUAAUACUUAACAGUGUCCGUUGUCGCGGUCGCAUUAAUCGAAGGAAAC